AUGGUCAAGUUCCUUGCCUCUUCCUUCACGGUCCUCCUGUUGACCAUUGCCGCCGUCAAGGCCCAAAUCAACCCCGCCCUCUACCCCAAAGUCAACGAGGUCCCCCCCGUCACCUCGCCCGAGGUUGUUGCCUGGUUGAAGGAGAUUGACUUGACUGGCGCCCCUACCAUUGAGCUCCACGUCGGUGCUCCCCCAGCUUGCCCCAACCCCCCAAUUGCCAACGAGUGCUACUGGACUUGUGAUGGAUGCGCCGCUGACGAUAUCACCGCCUGCGCUGCUCCCAACACCUGGGGUUUGACCUUUGACGAUGGUCCCUCCACCGCCACUCCUAUCCUCUUGGACUACCUCAAGACCAACAAGCUCUCUGCUUCCUUCUUCGUCAUCGGCUCCAACGCCAUCCAGUACCCCGACACCCUCAAGCGUGAGGUCACCGAGGGCCACCAUCUCGCCUCCCACACCUGGUCCCACCACGCCUUGACCACCCUCACCAACCAGCAGAUCGUCGCCGAGAUGAAGUGGACCGAGAAGGCCGUCUUUGAGGCCACCGGUCUCCGUCUCAAGUACAUGCGUCCCCCAUACGGAGAUAUCAACAACCGUGUCCGCUUCGUCCUCAAGAAGCUCGGCUACAUCCCUGUCGACUGGACCGGUGAUGCCUUUGACACCAACGACUGGAGAAUCCCCACCAUGACCGAGGCUCAGGUCAUUGCUACCUUCUCCAAGUCCCUUGACACCUACGUUGCCAGCGACAAGGCCAAGGGUUUCUACUGCCUUGAGCACGAUGUCUCGUCCUUGACCGUUAACGUUGCCUUGAAGUUGCUCCCUCUCGGUAUCUCCCGCAAGAUCAACUUUGCCUCCGUUGCUGGCUGCGAGUCUGAUGCUCAGCCCUACCAGGCCGGUUCCACUGCCCCCAUGCCUACUCUUUCCGCCGGUACCAGCGCUGGUCAGCCCACCGCUACCAAGGGUGCUUCUCCCACCGCUAGCGCUGGUGGUGCUGCUGGUUCUGGUAACGGAACUGUCAACGGUCCUACCAUUGUUGACCCCAAGAACAAGAGCGGCGCCUCGUCCAUUGCCGUCUCUGGUGUCUUUGCUGCUGCCGCUGCCGCUGCUGUCGCUCUUAUCCUUGCAUAA